AUGAGAAUUUACCAGUGCCACUUCUGCUCUUCACCCGUGUAUCCCGGGCAUGGUAUAAUGUUUGUUCGUAACGAUGCCAAGGAAUUCAGAUUCUGUCGGUCGAAGUGCCAUAAGGCGUUCAAGCAACGUCGUAAUCCCCGUAAGUUGAAGUGGACCAAGGCCUUCAGGAAGGCUGCCGGGAAGGAAUUGGCGGUGGACUCUACUUUGACUUUUGCCCAGAGGAGAAAUGUGCCAGUGAGAUAUAACAGAGAGCUGGUACAGACGACUUUGAAGGCCAUGGAUAGAAUUGAAGAGAUCAGACAGAAGCGUGAGAGGGCGUUCUACAAGAACAGAAUGAAGGGCAACGAAGAGAGAGAGUUCUUGAGGGACAAGGCUCUCGUGGAGGCCAACCCAGAGCUGCUGAGAAUGAGAGAGGUCGAAAUGGCAGAAAAGCUGGCCAAGCAACAGGCGGAGGAAGAGGGAGAAGAAGAAGAAGAGGUAGACGAAGAGAUGGAGGUCGAAAGCGAAGAAGAGGAGGAGCAAGAGCGGAAGCACAAGGUGGUGUUGAAGAACAAGAAGAAGAACUCCAAAAAAGUUGCAUUUUAA